CCGUUGCCGUCAGUGCAAUUUCAAAGCAACGAGGUGACGCAACGGUAUUCCUCUUCUAAACAAUCCCUACGAUUACAACGUGCGAAUGUUUUCGGUUUUACGCGAUAUAAAAAUUAAAUUUUAUAAAAUCGUUUUAAUUUUUUUUUAUUAAGUGUUGUGCGGUUCUGUGGUCCAUUCAACACUAACUUCACAUCGGUAUUAAAAAAAAAGUACUUUGGUUAUUGGAAUUUUUUUAUAUUAAUAUAAUUUUUUUCAAGGUUUUGGACAAUGCAAGUGGAUGCAUUACAGUUUUUAUAAGGGGAAAUGGCUAGAGCUGGUAUGGCAUUGAGAAGGAGAACUAGUCACGCGAACACUGAUGGAUCGGAUGACGUUCAAAGAUCAAUCGAGCUCCUGGAUAGUGUGUUAUCAGAGUUUGACGACGUAGAGAACGCGAACCAAGUGUCCAACCAAAUUUCCGGAUCCUCGAAUCAAGCAAAAGACCCCUCGGGCACCGGAAAUGUGUCUUCGACGCCUGACGACGAGAGCCCGUCGCUCGGGCACCAAUCGGAGGACGACGGCUACAACAGCAUGAACGGCCGAAAGGCCAAGUUUAACCUGCAGUUCAACGCUCUAACCGAGGUUCCCGUCCACCAGGAGGACGCUAUGAUCCGUCCCGAAGACCCCGAUGAUUUCCCGCCCCCACCAGAGGAGGCUCAAAAAAUUAUAGCCUCUUUGUUCUCAAAUAGGGUAUCUCCUGCGCAUUCUGGAAAGAGAAAUGGAAACAGGCAGAAAUAUUUCCCUUUGACUCAGUUGCCAAAUAGGAAUGAUACGAUUCCACCGCCACAGAGCUUCCAAAAUGGUGAAGUGCCAAUUAUAAAUGGACUACCCGAUCCUAAACAUACCGCUACACAAACAACACUGCCAAAAACUCGCCAUCAACGUCCAUACGGUUGGGAAAGCAACGAUUUCAAUUUACAACCGCCGCCGCCGCCUCCCAACUAUCGUUACGGAAGCCUUCCAUUUCAACAUGGAAUCUUUCCAAUUACAUCGCCAACGAGAGUUCCUCCCAGAACUGUGCCAACAGUCAUUGAACGUCACCGAGAAGUGCGUCGAAGGGGUAGCGAGGAUAAUCUUUCAAGUGAUUUCGAGGAAGCUCGUCGACCAAUGAGUGAAAUGGCGGAUGAUGAACAUUUUUCGGACGAUUCUUUAGAAGAGAUGUUACCUCCUCCGCCACCGGUUGUGAAUAAAAGAGCUAGUAUCGCCUGGGAAGUUCCUUUGGACUCGGACGAUGCCUUAAUGACCCCCGGCAGCACAAAAGUUAUUGGCAGAAGAAGGCGUAAAAGCGGUUCGCAUUCCAGUACGAGUUCAAUUCCAAACCGGUUGAAGGAAUUUGAUGAUUGGCCUGAUCCUCCACCGUGUACAACUGAAGAUGAAGUUACAUCGCCAUUUUCAGAUUCAGAUGAUCAUAUUAUUUUACCACCCGAAUUGGGUAAUAUUUCCGGUACUAGUACUUACAUAAUAAGAAGAGGGAAAAAAGAUAGAAAAGCUUUGAUGCAAUUGGGAAGCUCUGUCAACUCAAAUUCUUCUCUAAAUUCUCGGUUAAGUUCCGACUUGAGUAUACCACAUUCGAGAUAUUCAACCGAUUUAAAUUCGCAACUAAGUCGGGAAUUAAACACUCCAAAUUCCCGAUACAGUGUUGAUUUAAGUUCUCAAUCUAGAAUGAGUCAAGAAUUAAAUUCGCCAAAAAGUCGAUUUAGCCUUGAUUUAAACAAUUCCAGAAUGAGCCAAGAUUUAUCUCCAUCAAGAUUGAGCAUAGAUUUAUCAAGCUCCAGAUCGAGCACACCAAGUAAAUAUUAUCAAGAUUUUCGAAAACACAGCACAACAUUUGAUAAUAUAAAAUCAUUGAUUAAAGAAGGAGUCAUCGAACAUUAUACCCCACCGAUUAACGAAACAACCGCCGAUUUAAAUACAGCGGUACCACAAAUUGUUAGAGUUGUAUCUUUACCAAGUUUAAAUGCCGAAGAAUUAACACCCAGACGGGAAUUGGCCGUUACCGUUGAGGAGGAAGAAGACACGGAAAGUCCACAGAUAAACAGCGACUCGGAAAUGUCACCGUUAAAACAAAUCGAACAAAACAUUUCAGAGCUUUUAGAACGGCGUGAUAUCGAAGUUUCCAGUAUUUUACAAGAUGAUAAAUGCGUAUUACAACUUAAUGGUGUAGAAAACUUGAGCGCCGAAAAGAAAAAAUCGAAUAAAUCGAAAAAACUUAUUGAUUUACAAAAAUCUAACAGCCACGAUGAGAUAAUUCGUUCUGAAGAUUACUAUCGACAGCUUUUAAUUGAAAACAGUCCGUAUAGACCACGUAAACAUCCCAUACAAAAAUCAGAAAGUGCUAAAGAAAUGUUAAUUGCUCAUCGUGAAAGUAAAAUAACAACUUCUAAUUCAGCUGAUUUUCCUGUACGAGUUGAGGUGCUUCAACAUGAAUUUCCACCCUUACCACCUUCUCCGGUUGAAGAAGAUGAUGAAUAUUCCGAAAUUCUACAAUCUAACUCAAAAAGAGCUGAUACUUUGCCUAAUGAGCCACCAACAAUUCCUCCACAUCAAAAUUCCUUAUCAAAUAGUUUAAAAUCGCGAUCUAUGGAUGCUGGAACUCGCGGUCGACGCUCUUUUAGCCGAAACACCACCUCAGAACGUCGCACUUUACCAAUAGAACUACAAGAUAAACGUCGAACCUUCCAAAAACGUUCCUCUCAUUCCCCACAAGAAGAACAUCUCCUACAAACUUCCUGUUCUCUACCGGAAACCCCAAUUUUCGCUCGCGGUUGUGAUAUUCCCAGAACACCACAUAGAAGAGCUCCCGACGUCCCCGGAAACCAAACCACACCACGCCAAAGUAGUACUAUGUCUAGCAUUCAUACACUAGGAACCGUUUCUACUGGAGGUUAUAGAAGGGGCUUAGAACAGGGAGUUGUUGGCGGGGAAUUGUUGAGGUUAACCGGUGGUCCCGGGCGGGGAUGGUAUCCUAAACAUAGACAAAGAAGACCAGCUUCCAUUGAACAUUUAGACCGUUUGGCACCCGGACAAAAUCAUUGGGAUGGAAAUCGCAAACCUUUAACUUUACCACCGAAUUUAACACCAAAAUUCUUUCAACGAUCUCCCAGAGACGCUUUAAGAAGAGUUACUAGUUUAUUAAUUCGAAAAGGAAACAACGGAAAAGAACCCAAGAAAGAUAAAGAGCUGGUAUCCCCAACGAUUCACGAGAACGGCGGCGAAGAAAACCAAAAGAAAAAAGGAUUUUUCAAGAAUUUUUGGAAGAGAUCGAGACAUUACUCUUUAGAACAACAAUAAUCCACGCAGAAUUGCGAAUCCACAGGUUGUCUUUGUUGCAUUUCCACUAACCAGUAAGUUUUUAUUUAUAAAAAUUAGUUACCUCGAGUUAUACUAAAAAAAAGAAACGAGUAAUAAGAAAAAUUGCGAAUCUUUAAAAAAAUAUAUUGAUCGAUUAUUUAUUUACUUAAUAUAUUGUCCUCUUUAUACAAUUUAAUCAUCAAAAAAGUUAUAAUUAAACUAUAAUUACAUCAAUAAAAUUAUAAUUAUUACAUUAUAAAUAGUUGUAGAUACUUUUUAAUGUCUGUAUAAUUUUUGCAUAUUAUUAUCGAAUUAAUAUGUAAUUAUUAAAAAGAAAUGGUAUUUAAAAUAAAAAAUAAAAUAAUAAAACACAUAGAUUUCGUCGUAUAUAGGAUUUUUUACAUUAAAAACAACAUUUUCAAAAAUAAACAAUAAAAAUAAAAAUAACGCAGGUAUUAAAUAUUAGCGACAAUAUACAAACGAUUUUAUUCAACUUAAAAGAUACGAGAGAAAAGAAAAUGUUAUACCUAAAGGUGAUUGAACGGAUAACAUCUUUUAAACUGUAUUUCGAGUGAAAACUCUCAACCCAUUUUCUAUUCUGAGAAGGAAACCAAGAGGUUUUUCCUUUUUUUGUUGUUGCUGAAGAGUUCAGCGAAGAAUUUUCUAGGUGAGAAAAAAUCGAUGGCGAAAAGAAAUGGUUGUGUAAAAGUAAAAGAUCUACGUGGUUCAUAUCAAAAAUGAAGAGAAGUAAAAAACACUUUUUGUUGAAACGCACAAAAUACUGCCGAUUAUUAAGACGAUAAAAAAAAAUUUUUAAAGAAAAAUAAAAUUAAAUUAUUAAAUAAGAGAAAAAAAAAUGAUAUAGAGAUGUG